CCCUGAACGCACCGCGCGGAGCGGUGGGAGAGGUCGCUUGUUGACUUGGGUCCAGUGCCGCUUUCCAGCUAGCUCGUCCACGCUUAGCACUGCAGCGCAACAAGUGGAUAAGUUUUCCCGAUUUAGCUCAAUGGAACACCGCGACUCGACUCACACAGUCGUAGCUGCAAUAUAAUGGGUGAACCGGGGGGCUCUUUCUUCCAUUUAGGGCACGGGAACUUGUGUUAGUUUUAAAGUUAUGUUGACGAGAUAAGACCAAAGGGAUAAAGUUGCUCAUCGGGGGGGGAGUGGACGUGUACGGGUGGGGGGGAGAAAAUGGGGAACUGGCCGUGUUUGGAGUCCCAAAAGCGGCCAGUUUAGAAGCAACGCGGAAGGGGAAUGGAGUAAGAGGGGGCUGUUUGUCUGACUUAUCCAUUUCAAGUCAAAUUUGUAAAGACAAGCGUGAGCUGUCAAAGUCGUCCGGACUGCUGGUGGCCUACGGGGGAGCUAGCACUGAGCUAGCUGGCUAGCUGCACCGCUGGCUGCUCAUCUCGCGAAGUGGCACGUUGCCGAUGGUCUCUCAGCAAGCCAUGGACGCGACGGCGGACACGUGCCCCACAGUGCAGCACCGGAACGGAAGCGCCCAUCGGCAGUGUCCGGACAGGAACCCGGCCGGCGGCACCGAGCCCGCUGACCCCGCUGUUCUGAGGCUUCGCUUCUAUCACAGCAUCCGGGGAGAGUCCGACUGCAAAUUCCUGAGCUACCCGGCCGGCGAUUACGUGGCCGAGGAGCUGUGCAUCGAUGCUGCCAAAGCAUGCAGCGUAGCGCCUGUCUACUUCAGCCUCUUUGGCCUCUUCAGGGAGCGAGACCGCUUGUGGUUUUGCCCCAGCCAUAUUUUCCAUCUGGACGAGUCCGCCUCGGAAGAUGUGUUUUUUCGAAUAAGGUACUACUACCCUGGCUGGUACAGCGGUGGGGCGUCCCGGGCUUAUCGAUACGGCGUUGCAAAGGGAUCAGAAAGUCCCAUUUUGGAUGAUUGUGUGAUGUCAUACCUCUUUUAUCAGUGGAGAAACGAUUUCAUCAGUGGCUUGGUCAAGCUUUCCAGCUCUCACGAGACCCAGGAGGAGUGCUUGGGUAUGGCCGUGCUGGACAUGACGCGGACCGCCAACGAGAAAGAGGUGUCGCCGCUGGACGUCUACCGCACUACGAGCUACAAGUCGUUCCUGCCCAAAGACAUGCGCGCCCAGAUCGAGGACUUCAGUUUCCUGACGCGCAAGCGCAUCCGCUUCCGCUUCAAGCGCUUUGUCCAGCAGUUCAGCCAGUUCCACACCACCGCGCGGGACCUCAAGCUGAAGUACCUCAUCAGCAUGGAGUCGCUGGAGAAGGCCUUCUACACUGAGACCUUCCAGGUCCGCGAGGCAUCCGGCGGCCAGCUCGUCUUGCUGGUGGCCGCUGACACCGGCAUCCAGUGGUGCCGGGAGAAGCUGAAAGAUCCCGACCAGGUUGGUGCCACAUCUCUGCGCUAUUUAAAGGAGCUGCAGACGCUGUGCGACUUUCCGGAAGUUGUUGAUAUUAGCGUCAAGCAGGCCAACAAGGAAACUGCCUCUGAGAGCCGCCUGGUCACCAUCAACAAGCAGGAUGGCAAGAACCUGGAGUUGGAGUUCCCCAGUCUGUCCGAAGCGCUCUCCUUUGUGUCCCUGAUCGAUGGCCACUAUCGGCUCACCGCGGACGCACAUCACUACCUUUGCAAAGAAGUGGCGCCCCCUAGGCUGGUGGAGGCCAUCGCCUGCCACUGCCAUGGCCCGGUCUCGAUGGAGUUUGCCAUCAACCGACUUCAGAGAUCGGCCAACAAGCACACCUUGUACAUUUUAAGGUGCAGCCCGAAGGACUUCAACAAGUACUUUCUGACGUUCCCUGUUGAGGUGUAUGACUCAGUGGAAUACAAACACUGCCAGAUAACCCGAUCGUCCGUUGGCGAGUUCAACCUCACCGGAACCAAAAGGAUCUUCAGCAGCCUGAAAGAUCUUCUGAACUGCUACCAAAAGGAAGCGGUGCGCUCCGAUAGCUUCAUUUUCCAGUUCAGCAAGUGCUGCGCUCCUAAACCUAAAGAAAAGUCCUGUCUGCUGGUGUGCCGGAGAAACAAAGCGUCCGACGUGCCUCCUUCACCGUCACUGCAUCAACCCCAUGUCAGUCAGAUGGUCUUUCACACUAUCAAGAAGGAAGAUUUGGAGUUUCUGGAGAGCCUUGGCCGAGGGACGUUUACCAAGAUAUUCAAAGGCGUGCGCAAGGAGCUCGGAGACUACGGACUUGUGCACCAAACUGAAGUAGUCAUGAAAGUCUUGGACCAGGCCCACAGGAACUACUCAGAGUCUUUCUUUGAAGCAGCCAGCAUGAUGAGCCAGCUCUCCCACAAGCAUUUGGUUCUCAAUUACGGUGUAUGUGUGUGCGGCGAGGAGAACAUCAUGGUACAGGAGUAUGUCAAGUUUGGCUCCCUUGACACCUACUUGAAGAAGAAGAAGAACUCGCUGAACAUUCUGUGGAAGCUGGAAGUGGCCAAACAGCUGGCCUGGGCCAUGAAUUUCCUGGAAGAGAAGCGCCUGGUCCACGGAAACGUGUGCGCCAAAAACGUCCUGCUGAUACGAGAGGAAGACCGCCGGGCCGGCAACCCGCCCUUCAUCAAGCUGAGUGACCCUGGUAUCAGCAUCACUGUCCUACCUAAAGACAUUUUGAUCGAGAGGAUCCCGUGGGUGCCCCCCGAGUGCAUUGACGACCCCGCCAACCUGAGCCUGGCGGCUGACAAGUGGAGCUACGGCGUCACUCUUUGGGAACUUUGCAGUGGUGGAGAGAGGCCACUAGCGGCGCUGGAUGACUCCAAGAAAUGCCUGUUCUACGAGGACCACCACCAGCUUCCCGCGCCCAAAUGGACCGAGCUGGCCAAUCUGAUUAGCAACUGCACGGACUACGAGCCGCCGUACCGGCCGACGUUUCGCGCCAUCAUCCGGGACCUGAACAGCCUUUUUACACCAGACUACGAGUUGAUCAUGGACAGCGAUAUCCUUCCCAACCGGACGACGGCUUCCGGCUGGACGACGGGAGGCGUCGAAAACCAGGAGCCGGCCCAGUUUGAAGAGAGACACCUCAUAUUCUUACAACAGCUAGGAAAGGGCAACUUCGGCAGCGUGGAGAUGUGCCGCUACGACCCGCUGCAGGACAACACGGGCGAAGUGGUGGCCGUGAAGAAGCUGCAGCACAGCACAGCGGAGCACAUCCGCGACUUUGAGCGCGAGAUCGACAUCCUCAAGUCUCUGCAGCACGAGAACAUCGUCAAGUAUAAGGGCGUCUGCUACAGCGCGGGCCGACACAAUCUGCGCCUCAUCAUGGAAUACCUUCCCUUCGGAAGCCUGCGAGACUACCUCAUGAAGAACAAGGAGAGGAUCGACCACAAGAAACUAAUGCACUACACUUCCCAGAUCUGCAAGGGAAUGGAAUACCUGUCCGGCAAGCGCUACAUCCAUCGCGACUUGGCCACCCGGAACAUCCUGGUGGAAAGUGAGCAGCGGGUGAAAAUCGGCGACUUCGGGCUGACUAAAGUUCUCCCUCACGAUAAGGAGUACUACAUGGUCAAAGAGCCAGGAGAGAGCCCCAUCUUUUGGUACGCCCCCGAGUCGCUGACGGAGAGCAGGUUCUCCGUGGCGUCGGACGUGUGGAGCUUCGGAGUGGUGCUUUACGAGCUCUUCACCCACAGCGAGAAGAGCUGCAGCCCGCCGGCCAUCUUCAUGUCCAUGAUGGGCAACGACAAGCAGGGCCAGCUAAUCGUCUACCACCUGAUGGAGCUGCUCAAGUCGGGCAGCAGGUUACCGCAGCCCGUCCACUGUCCCGACGAGAUUUAUGAGAUCAUGGAGGAGUGCUGGGACAACGACUCGGGGCUGCGCCCUUCUUUCAAUGAGCUUACUCUGCGCAUCGACCUGCUCAGGGACACAGACUGAACGCCCACCCCACCCAGCCCAGCCCAGCCCAUUACCACCCAAAGUGCCGCGACUUCUCUUUUCAACUUGACACCUACCGUAUAGUGUGUGUGGGGAAAAACACGUCCAACCCACGUUUUGCUUUUGUUGAAAGAUUUUCGAAUGUAUUAUAGACACGUGGGUAGACUUUUUGUGUCACGUCUCAACAUGGAGAUGCUUAUGUGUGCGUGCUUGUUAGCCACCCGAAAUCGCUAGCAGGGCUAGUCGUCACCAUCAUGCCCUCCCCCCCCCACCCCCGGAAAAAAGACUAUUUUCUAUGUGUAUAUACACCAACAGUAUAUAUUUGUGUACAUAUGUCCAGAUUGUUUUUUUUUUCUAAUUCUAAUAUACUGGAGCUGGAAGUUAAAGCCCCGUAUUGUUUCAAAAAGUCCUUUGAGUGAAGAAGUGACUUCAUCGUGCCUCGAGUGUGAAAAUUCAAUGAGUAAAUAUAUUAAGGGUUAUCAUUAAAACAUGACCUUCAGACAAAAGCUA